AUGCCGCGAGUCGACGCCAGUGAAACCCUACCAGCAAGGCCGGUUCCUGCGCCCUGGACCGCAUCCCGAUGCAACAGAACAAUCAGACAGUUGGCCUCGUUCGUGAACCGAUUGGAGAAGUGGCAUCGGGCCUACCUGGCGGCACAAGAGGAGGCGGACUCUGACAACGGGCCGCCUCGGGUUUCGGACGAGGAGGGCGCCGGCGAACCACAAAUUGACUGGCUCGCCGCCAAUGUCGCAGAGAAGAAGCAGAAGUCGAAGAGGACAUACCUGCAGCGUAGUAGGAGGCCGGGGCAGCCGAUCUCCGUGCCCAAGUUAUCCACUACUACUCGGACAACGGCGAAAACUCCCAAGAAGAGGAGCGUUCCCCUAAUUCCUGACAAGUGCGGCUCCGAAAGCUUUUCUGCUGGCAAGAAGAAUGGCGCCGGAUCACCAAGAAGAAACGGUGGUUGGUCGCACAAGUGGACUUCCUGCACUGUUCAUCUUGCUCUGGAAUACGAACGCAUCAUUCUCACCGCCACCUCUACCAUAUCUACGUUCUUGGUUGCCACUUCUGACCCUAAGCGCACGACGGAACGGGCCGAAUUCGAGAUAGAAGACAUAUACGAGCGGCCUGAACGAGGCGCAAGGUCUUUGUUUGACACAUGUCUCCACAAGCUGUCAAAGAACAUGGUGGAACAGCAGAAGCAGUGUGAUGCAGGCAACGAUGAUUUCGACGGCCAGUUCGAUACGAUUGGCUCUCAAUUGCAAGAGCUUGAGGACUAUUUUGGAGAUCCAAAGGUUGGGUGGCCCUUUCUCAGAAAUGUGACCCGAGACUGUGGGAUUCAUAUGGUGGCGAAUUUGAUUGAAACAGGAGCGCUACCGGAAGCUGUCGCAUUGGAUCUUGUCCUCCGGUUUUGUAGCUGCCCGCUUCUUUCGGAUAUUGUGCCUGCCAUCUCACGGGCUCUGGUCGAUUUGCAGCUGCAUAGUCCCAACCCAGACGCAGGCUACCAUGAAUUACCAUCUUACACAGGGGGUUCAGGCCCGAGUUCGCCUCUGGAGCUUGUCAAGGAACGGAUGAGCGUGGAAUGGACGUUGCUUGCGCUACGGGGAAGACAAGACUCUGUUGAAGUCGUGUCUCGAUUUAUCAGGUACGCUCACUUGAUGCAGCUGACAAGGAUUUGGAUUUGUAAAACCUACGACGUAUACCAGCUGCCAUGGGACUAUUGCUCUGAAAUACUAGAGGCUGUAUACAUUGCGGCAUUGGCUCCCAGCCAGACCGAUCCCUACCCGAGCAUACGAGGAGCCAAAAUCUUGCCCAGUGUGUUGGAAAAACGCGCGACGGAGCCAGCUCGACAUCACACCAUGUCGGAGCAGGUGUGGAACAGGCUCAGGAUGGCAUUCACACUCCUUCUCUUGCUAAAUCAUGGCCAGUACGUCACUAAAGCAGCUGGUGGAUUGAUAGAAAGAAUCUCAAAGAAAGCGCAAAUACUUCAUGAACUCGAUCAAGACUUCGCUCUGUCCGAAUAUCAGCUAUACUUUGUGGCUCACAUCUUCUUUUGCAAUGUGAGCCAGCUACUGAUAACUGGACGGCAUCCACCGAAGGACCUACUUGACAGUUUCGAAUCGGUGCUAAAUACAAUCGAGUCAUGUGCAAGCGAAUCAUGGUGGCCGCUUGUCGGCGACUUCGUCAUGGUCAUCAUUACCCAAAAUCUGGACUCGGAGAAGUUCCAAGAGAUGGUUCAACAGCUUUUGAGCUUGGACUGGGGGAACCGCGAAACCCUGGAACUCGUGCUUGGUAUGGUCUGUGCCGAUGCUGCGAUGGAGUAUGCGGGAGAGCACCAUGACGACACUGCCAUGCUGAAGUGGGCGACGGAGGUUCACAAAAAGUUCCAAGAAAAGAUGGAAAAGAAAGCCACAGAGCCUCGCACUCCGGCGAUGAGAAUCGCCUAUUGCUGGGAUGAAGCCAUCGAAGAGUGGAUUGCCAAACCCCCAGGGACGCUGGCAGCUAUUGAAGAAAAAGGUGCUGACGCCGCUGUUGUUGCAAAGGAUCCGUGCAACGAAGAUCAAAACGCUGCUGCUGGCGACUAUCGAAAGGCGCUGCGGCCCGUCGUGAAUGAUAAGAAGCCAGUUUGGGGAAACCGGCCGAAGCGUAAGAGUGCACCAUGCGACUUGGAAAUCCACAAAGGCGGCGAUUUCGAGUACAAGAAGAGGCCAAGGCGCCAUGUGAGCUUCGGCAACGUUGUCCAGCUCCAGGGGCAUGGGUCACGCAUUCAGGAGGCCUUUGACCAGGACUCUGAGGACGAAUUAAGCUUGUUGGUAUAA